AUGCACGGCCUGGCUAAAUGGACAUGGGCGCUUGCCGCCACCAUGAUCGGACAGACCUUGGCUGGUCCGAUCGCCUCUAAACAUGGACCGAUUCGUGUCCACCCCGGUGGUCCCCGCGAUAUUGUCGUUACCAAGGAUGAUACGCUCAAUGGUACUUUUAUUGGAGGUACUGUGAAGGUGGACGGUUUGUUGCAGUCUGCCUCUGCUGCCGGGACUGGCCAACUCCCCCUAGCUAUUGUCAACAACAUGGCUGGAUCUACCGACGGUCAAAUCAACUGCUAUGUCGCAGGCCAGGAUACCAGUGGCAAUGUUGUUCUGCUUGCCUCGGACGGAACCUGGUACUAUCCUCCCGGCACAACAUCUGGCGUGCCCGUGGUUAUCGAUGCCGAUCUUGCCCUACCUCUCGGUGCUGAGGGUUCCACUACCACCAUCACCCUUCCCGACUAUAUCGUUUCUGGUCGUGUAUACAUCGCCGACGGCACUCUGCAAUUUUUCGUCGUGACCAACGGUGCCGGUGGCGCCGCUCUCGUCCAGCCUUCCCCCGUCAACCCAUCCGAUCCCAACGCCGCGGUCAACUGGGGCUUUGUCGAACUGACCAACACUGCGGACGGCGGUUUGUACGCCAACAUUAGCUACGUCGACUUUGUCGGUAUAAUUUUGGGUAUGUCCCUCCUCGGCACUGAUGGCAGCACCCAAACCGCCCUUGGUCUCGGUGCCGACGCAGUCGCCCAGAUCUGCGCCGCCCUUGUCUCUCAGACUGCUUCGGACGGAUACCCCUGGAGCAGCCUUUGCAUGACUGACAGCAGCGGCAACUACCUCCGUGCGCUUGCUCCCUACGACUUCAUUGCGGAUAACAACGGGGAUGCCUUCUCGGACUACUUCACCGACUACAUCAACAGCGUCUGGUCGACCUUCAGCAGCAGCCCUCUCACCGUCGACACCCAGACCGAUGCUGGAGAGGUCGCUUGCACCACUGGUGGCAGUGACACCCUGACCUGCGGCAACGACAACCGCGGAUACGCUCAGCCAUCGGCCGGCGACAUCUUUGGCUGCAACACUGGUCCCUUUGCGCUUCAGUCUGGUGACAACGCCGUCCACUACGCCGUUGUUCCUCGCCUGUGCGCCGCUUUCAACCGCGGAACCUUGUUGCUCUCCGGCGGAGAUGUCCAGCCCGGCCUGCCCGCCACUGACUACUACACCACCGCGCCGUCCAACUACUACAGCAAGUUUGUGCACGAUAACGAGGUUGAUGGCAAGGGUUACGCUUUCUCGUACGAUGAUGUUAACCCGGCUGGUGAGAACGAGUCUGGUACCGUCUCGUCUCCUAUUGCCCAGACAUUGACCAUUACUGUCGGUGGUCCCUCUUCUUAA